AAUAUGUCUCGUACUAGAUUUUGUGUGCAUAAGUAGAUGGCUUUGGUGCCUAUAAAAGCCGGUUUAUGGCAGCCAGACGCCUCGCACUCAUUCAGACAUAAAGUGGGCAAGGCAGCGACGCCCAGCGAGAAAGAAAGAGAUCGAGGAUCAGGUCACAGACAGAACCGUGAAGAAUCCAGGGGGAUGGCACCGGCGGCAGCGAAGACGACGAGGAAAGGACCGUGGACAGAGCAGGAGGACCUUCAACUGGUAUGGUUUGUGCGCUUGUUCGGUGAACGUCGUUGGGAUUUCUUAGCCAAGGUAUCAGGUCUUAACAGAACAGGCAAGAGCUGCAGGUUGCGCUGGGUCAACUACCUCCAUCCCGGCCUCAAGCACGGCCGCAUGACCCCCCAGGAAGAACGCCUCGUGCUCCAACUCCACGCUAAGUGGGGCAACAGGUGGUCUCGCAUUGCUCGGAAGCUCCCCGGCCGCACUGACAACGAGAUCAAGAACUACUGGAGGACUCUCAUGAGAAAGAAGGCGCAGGAGAGGAAUGGGAAUGCUAUCUCUUCCUCAUCUCCAUCCUCCUCAUCGACUUCCAGUAAUGCCGCCUCUCAUGGAAUCGGUAGCAUCCCAGCGGGGAACUCCCUGUAUCUCUCAGAGGUCAAAGGGUACACGACGGAUCAGAUAUGGAAUGAGAUCGCUGCGUCGGACUCAGUCAGCAAUCUCACUUUCGAAGAGUACAAGGGAGGUUCGGGUUGCAGCUGCAUGGUCGGCACUCCAGUGGCUUCCCCCAUCUGGGAAGCUUGCGAGUCACUGUGGAGGAUCGAUACUGAAGACAUGACGACGAUGACCUCCAUGCCCGACUUCUUCGAAUCUUACUGCAGCAAGCAGAGAAUAGAUUCUCAGAAGCAUUAAGCUUUAACUAUAGCUGUUUUUUCUCAAUUCCCGUGGUCUGAGAUGCUUUAGGAUAGCUCUAGAUGUCUGUAAAGUUUAGCUAGAUGAAUAAUCUGUUAGUAAUCCAGGUUAUCUACGUAGAAGUUAAGCUUGCCCUAAAAUAUGAUGGUUGUAAGCAAGUAAUAGCUAAUCCAAUUGAAGUACUUUCUAU